CUCUACCCUGCCCCAGCCAUAAGAAGUUAAACCUUAUAAUGCAUAUAUUGCUAAUCUGUGGUCCAGGACCCUAUAAAUGUAGUGGGGGAGGGUCUUAUAGCCCUUCCCCUUCUAUUAACACAAUAUAAGCAUUAUCAAUUAUUAGAAUACAUCAAUCAUUUUGUGCAGCCCCUAUCAUGACCCCAAGAUGACCCGCAUCAUUGCCUAGAUUGUUACUUAACAUUCAUUGCUAGGAGGCGACAUAUCACAAAGGGAAGGAGGGGUGAACAAUGCCCAUUUACUCAGAAAUUUCUGUGGAACUCAAUCCAGUAAUAUGUGAGUUAUGCUGCAGGAUGAGUCACAUGGAACUUGUAGAAAGCCAAGAGUAGGAUUGCAUCAUCUUCUUGUGAAGCAGGAAGAGAAACCUUGUACCCACCCCGAAUCCACCUGUUGAGUUAUAUCUUAUGAUGGGUUUUCCUAUGCAAUGCUCUUAGUGCUACCAAACAAACAGGUGGAUGUACAUCUCUACGACCUCUGUUGUUAUGGAGAAAAUGGAGCCUCAAAGGAGAGUGUACAUAUUUCUCCCUAAAAAACACAGGACCGCUUUGGCCAAAAAGUACAAACUGGAUCACGGGCUUGUCAUUAAGGAUCUCAGCACUAACGUAAAUGAAGGAAUCCUACAAGCUUACUUCCGACAGUGGGGCAGCAUUACAGCAUGCACGAUCAAGAAGAGUCCACAGGACUCUGACUCAAAGAGUGCCAGUGCGUUGGGAUACGUGAGUUUUUCCUCUGAGGAGGAGGCAGAUACGGCAGACUGGGCGGGUCCUCACUAUAUAGGAGGCAUGGAAGUGGAGGCCAAGAGAGUUGUCAGUCUGAAGGUCUUUCAGCACCAGUCAAGUCUUAAGUCUCAGCAGGGCGAGUCUGAGUCAAAUCUCAAGUCUCUCUCUUCAUAAACAGAUGUGUGUUCUGAUCCAUGCAGGGUAACAUUGCGUUGCAGGUUAGACUCUUCUAGGUCAAAGGUCAAUUUGUUUGAAAAUGUAUAUACUUUGAUUCAAUACUUGACUAUUAAAACACAGAGUCAAGUCUAAAGUCAUAUGCAAGAGUCCAACAGAAGUUACGAGUCACUGUUUUUGCAACUCUUUUACCAUGCUAAAAUCUAAUCUUUCAUAUAGAUGGAUGACCCAGAAGGUUGAGGUCAUCCCAGCCAGGUCUAUCCGCAGACGUGACUAUGGGUCUGUUCAUCAAUUGAGCAUCUCCUCGAAUGUAUCAGAAGCCGGAUGAUACUGUACCUACGUUAUUAUUUUUUAAGCAAUUUUGGAUGGGAUACAUGGAUUAUUUGUUGAAAGUAAAUGUAGAUUUUAAUUUUUUUUCUAUGAUUUGGUUUGAUUGUAACAAACUGUUUUCAGAUGUCUUAUGUACCUUGAUUUACUGAUUUGUAAUGAAAUGCCAAUUGUUUUCAAUGUUGUGAACAUUAUAAGGCCUAUGUUGCGUUAACUUUUAGUAGAAUAACCGAAGAUAUUACUAGAAAGGGACAUUUCCUAAAGAGAAUGUGUUUUCUAUAAGUAUUUAUGAUCGUGACAGCAAUAGUAGUAAUGAUUGAUUGAUUACAUUUAUAGGGCCCUGUAAAUCUGCGAUAUGCUGACGGAAUCCAGACAUUAAAGCAGAAUUUAACAAUG